AUGUGUAUCUGCCCGGUAUAUGCACUUCAGCUCCCCACGUCUGGUCUGCUCUCCACAUUCGUCAGCACCAUGUCUUCCCUGCACCGCCCGCCGCCUCUGCAGGCCUUCGCGCCACCAUUCAUGUCAACUGCCCGCCGUCUCCCCAACCCCCCAGUCGCCCGUCGUCCCCGCAACCUCCUCGCUUACAUUGCGACGGAUUCUAGACUUCCGGACACAGAUCUCCCGCCAGCCCCAACCCGCAUCCAGCUAGCACGUCUACGGCGUCAUCUGCUUCGCAUGUCAAGUGCCUCUCCGAAGCCUGCGGGCGACCUCCCCAAUCUUCCCAAGCCGCCUGCCUCGCCCGCGGCGCCGGGGCGCCGCCCUCGACAGUAUUCCGAGGAAGAGCGCCGGGCACGCAGCGAGCGCAUCCGCGCAAAAUGGCAGGACCCCGAAUGGCGCGCUGCAAUGCUCGCGAAGAGGAAGGAACCCGACGUGCUCUCGCGCAGUCGCGAGUCAGCCCGCAAAUUGUGGAAAGACCCGGAGCACAGGGCCAUGCAACGGGCGGCCCGCCUCGGGAGACCGGCUCCCAACAAGGGUGUAUCUCCCAGUGCUUCAACCCGCUUGCGCAUGAGUGUUGCGAGAAAGGGCGUCCCCAAGACUGAAGAGACUCGCAAGAGGAUGAGUGCUGCAAAGCGCAACAGACCAGAGGGGGAUGAAUGGCCCAGGCUCAUCAGUGAGAGCAAGAAAGGAAAGACUAGGGAAUACUUUCAAAUGAGAAAGGAAUUCAGAGCUUUGUACAAGGACUUGAAGUUAUGGAGCGAUUCGUAUCGUACCACACAUGGCAGGUUGCCAAGGGCGAAAACGUAUGAGAGCACAGUCGCUCCUAUGAUGCUCUUCAGGAUUAAGAGGUAUCUCGUCUUGAGAGAUGCUCUCGGGGAUGAUGAUCCGGAGAUCAAAAGAGAGAUUAUUGCGAGAUCCUGAGAAAUAUCUAGUCUGAGGGAUGAUCAGGGUUAAUGCAGGGCACAGUUUGCUUCUUCUGAUAGCGAUCGAGAGGAUCAUCAAUCGGCGCGCCUCUGCACAGCCCGUAUGUUGCUUUAUUUAUAGAACUUUUAUCGUGCGUUUUACAUCAUGGGCUAUCCUGACUGCGUUAGUCGCUGCUUGGCAUUGGGGGUUGUUACGAUGAUAUCAGCUGAUUUCGUAGUUAGCCUGGAAUGCUCUGCGACGCUAUCCCUUGACGAAACGUCCCUUAUAUUCCGUCACGGAUGCUUCAGUAUUCAAAUUUUCAUCAUAGGAGUAAAAUUCGCCAUCAGCCAUGAAGGCUUCCUCAAAAGUAAAGCCUUCCUUUCCCUUCAUCUGGAGUGGAACGUCAGUGGCUAGCACGGCGGCAAGCGGCUCUGUGCCCCGGCACUCCAAUUGUAGAAAGGGCUUCCACUCUGGCGCGUCUUCCGACGUGUACGAAAAGGUAUCGGAUAAAAUUUUCACGUCA